UGCGGGCUGCGGGCUGCGAGCUGCGAGCGCCGGUCCGAGGGGCUCGCGCUUCCCUGUCCGCGCCAUGGCCAGGGCCGCGGACGUGGUGCGGCUGCUCCUGGGCUCCACCGUGCUGUGCUGCUCGUUGCUCGGCGCCCGGACGGCCUCCGCGUCCAAGGCGGUGACGGCCCACUUGGCCGCGAAGUGGCCGGCGACCCCGCUGCUGCUGGAGGCCAGUGAAUUUAUGGCAGAAGAAAGUAAUGAAAAAUUUUGGCAGUUUUUGGAAACUGUACAAGAAUUAGCAAUUUAUAAGCAAACAGGGUGA